AGGUGUCAGGAUGUUGGGCUGGGUCCAGAGGGUGCUGCCUCAACCCCCAGGGACCCUUCAGAAGACCAAGAGGGAGGAGGAGGAGGACCGGGCAGAACCAGAACCAGAGCCCAAGGCGGAAGCAGAGCCAGAACCAGAGCCUGAAACAGAGGAGUCCGCAACCCUGCCACCUGAGGAGCCAUUCCGGGGGGACGAGGUGGACAGAGGCUACGCGAGCCCUCAGGAAAUGCAGGAGGUUGCCCGCACUCUGGUCACAUCCCUCCAAGCCCAGGUCGCUGUGGGCCCUGAAGUGAACAGUGCCCGCAGCUGGGUGCUAACCUGGCUCAGGACAGGCCUGGAGAAGAUCGCCCCGCAGCCCAGCCACAGCAGCAGGCCAGCGCAGAGCACUGCGGGCCUGGGGAGCCCGGCUCAGGCAGGAGCUCAGGUCCUUGGGCGCUGCGCCACUGGAGGCCCAGAUGGGGCCCAGGAGGCCCUCAGGGCCCCAGAUACUGGGCCCCGACCCUGGCUGCUCCGAUGGGUUGAGCAGAGUCUGGAGAAGGUGCUGCCACAGCCCCCCAAAUCCUCAGCGGGCUGCAGAGAUGAGCCUGCUGAUGCUGCCUGGGGUGCAGACACCCCUGAGCCCCAUUUGGAAACAGAGUCCACGCUGCAGUUGCCAGAAAGCCCCAUCCUGCCCACACUGGGCCCCCCGGAGCCUGAAGAGGAGCCCACUCCAGAUCCUCAGCCCGCCCUCCAGGCUUCUUCCCUGCCGCCCCCCGGGGACACUGUCAGGUUGGUGGCGUGGCUCCGGCACAGGCUGGAGAAGGUCCUGCCGCAGCCAGUGCUCCAGGAGAGGGCUGGGGAGCAGGAGCCUGAGAGCCCUGUGACCUGUGACGUGCAGACCAUCAGCAUCCUCCCUGGAGGGCAAGAGGAGCCUGAUCUUGUCCUAGAAGAGCUUGACCCUUGCUGGGAGCAGGGCCAGCGUCACGUGGGCACCACCAGCCCGCAGGACUCAGGGGCGGCUCCGGCGUGUGAAGAGGAGGACGAGGCCGUGGAGCAGAUGCCCAGGUUGCUGCCUGGGAUUCAAGAGGAGAGGGGGCCGGAGGAGGAGGAAAAAGAAGAGGAAAAGGCAGAGAAUAAUGUCCGACUGGAUAGCUGUCUGGUGGCGCAGAUCGGCCAGGACCCAAGUGAAGUAGGCGGGACCCAGGCCAGGAGGGCCUCACGCCAGGCACUGCAGGAGGAGGCCCAGGCCGCCCGCUCCGGAGUGGCUGCCACGAAGGAGCACCCGGAGGUGCAGGUGGAAGAUGCUGACGCUGACAGCCGCCCCCUUAUAGUAGAAGAGAAACCUCCCUCCCCUGUGGGGCAACCACCUUCUCCGGCCAAAUCCGACACCCUCGCUGUCCCGGGAUCGGCCACGGGGACCCACAGGAAGAGGCUGCCCUCCCAAGAUGAUGAAGCUGAAGAGCUCAAGGCGUUAUCGCCAGCUGAGUCCCCUGUGGUCGCCUGGUCGGAUCCGACAACCCCACAGGGCACUGAUGGCCAGGACCGCGCGUCCUCCACAGCCAGCCAGAACAGCGCCAUCAUCAAUGACCGUCUCCAGGAACUGGUGAAGCUUUUCAAGGAACGGACGGAGAAGGUGAAGGAGAAGCUCAUCGAUCCUGAUGUCACUUCCGAUGAGGAGACCCCCAAGCCCUCCCCUUCCAAGAAGACCCCAGAGCCAGCCCCAGAGGUGAAGCCGACCGAGGCACCAGCUGAGGAAGAGCAUUACUGCGAAAUGCUGUGCUGCAAGUUCAAGCGCCGUCCCUGGAAGAAGUACCAGUUUCCCCAGAGCAUCGACCCACUAACCAACCUGAUGUACAUCCUGUGGCUGUUCUUCGUGGUGCUGGCCUGGAACUGGAAUAUCUGGCUGAUUCCAGUGCGCUGGUCCUUCCCGUACCAGACAUCUGACAACAUUCACCUCUGGCUGUUGAUGGAUUACCUGUGCGACCUCAUCUACCUCCUGGACAUCACCGUGUUCCAGCUGCGCCUGCAGUUUGUCAGAGGGGGGGAUAUCAUUACAGACAAAAAGGAGAUGCGCCAGAACUACAUGAAAUCUCGCCGCUUUAAGAUGGAUGUGCUCUGCCUCCUGCCCUUGGACUUUCUCUACUUGAAAAUGGGCGUGAAUCCUCUCCUCCGCUUGCCCCGCUGUUUGAAGUACCUGGCCUUCUUUGAAUUUAACAACCGCCUGGAAGCCAUUCUCAGUAAAGCCUACGUUUAUAGAGUGAUCAGGACCACCGCCUAUCUGCUCUACAGUUUACACGUGAACUCCUGUCUGUAUUACUGGGCAUCGGACUACCAGGGCAUCGGCUCCACGCACUGGGUUUACAAUGGUGUGGGAAACAGUUACGUUCGCUGUUUCUACUGGGCUGUGAAGACCCUCAUCACCAUUGGUGGGCUGCCUGACCCCGAGACUCUCUUUGAAAUUGUCUUCCAGCUGCUGAACUAUUUCACGGGCGUCUUUGCUUUCUCCGUGAUGAUCGGACAGAUGAGAGACGUAGUGGGGGCCGCCACUGCGGGACAGACCUACUACCGCAGCUGCAUGGACAGCACCGUGAAGUACAUGAACUUCUACAAGAUCCCGAGGUCUGUGCAAAACCGGGUCAAGACCUGGUACGAGUACACCUGGCACUCCCAAGGCAUGCUGGAUGAGUCAGAGCUAAUGGUGCAGCUUCCAGACAAGAUGCGGUUGGACCUUGCCAUCGACGUGAACUAUGACAUUGUCAGCAAAGUGGCCCUCUUCCAGGGCUGUGACCGGCAGAUGAUCUUUGACAUGCUGAAGAGGCUGCGCUCUGUCGUCUACCUGCCUAACGACUACGUGUGCAAGAAGGGGGAGAUAGGCCGUGAGAUGUAUAUCAUCCAGGCGGGGCAGGUGCGGGUCCUGGGUGGCCCGGAUGGCAAGUCUGUGCUGGUGACACUGAAAGCCGGAUCUGUGUUUGGAGAAAUAAGUUUGCUGGCUAUCGGUGGGGGGAACCGGCGCACGGCCAACGUGGUGGCCCACGGCUUUACCAACCUCUUCAUUCUGGAUAAGAAGGAUCUGAAUGAGAUUUUGGUGCAUUAUCCUGAGUCUCAGAAGUUACUCCGAAAGAAGGCCAGGCGCAUGCUGAAGAAAAACAAGUCCAAGGAAGAGAAGAAAAGUGUGCUUAUCCUCCCGCCACGGGCCGGCACUCCCAAGCUCUUCAAUGCCGCCCUGGCUCUAGCAGGAAGGGGCGCCAGAGGGAAGGGUGGCAAGCUUGCCCACCUCCGAGCUCGACUCAAAGAACUGGCAGCGCUGGAAGCGGCGGCAAGACAGCAACAGUUGCUGGAACAGGCCAAGAACUCAGAGGGCGAUGGUGGAGAAGCUGGCCAGCCCGCUGCCCCGGGCCAGCCCGCACCUCCAGCGCCUCCUGCGCCUCCUGUGCCCGCAGUGCCCCCCGCGCCUCCUGCGCCCGCAGAAGCCCCAGCCCCGCGCUCACCACCACCUGCCUCCUCUCAGAAGCCAGAGGGAGGAGGGGAGAGGGCGACUGGACCCCAGGAGCACUCGGUGCGGAUUCACAUGAGCCCCGGCCCGGACCCCGGCGAACAGACCCUGUCGGUGGAGAUCCCGGAGGAGAAGAAGGACGCGGAGUGA